AUGAAGUUGCUAGAGAAUGCAGAACUUGAUAGCCUUUUGUGCAUUAUUGCAGUUUUCAGAUUAGAACCAUAUUCAUGUAAAAUGAUUACAUCUGAAAAGAAACAGUGGAAGAGAAAAAAGCGAAGUGGUGAAAAUGCUCUGCAACCGCUCUCACCACCGGAGAGAUUACCUUAUUUUUCCUACAGUUCACCACUCGCCGCAAAAAAUCAGCACUUGCAAAGUUUUUCAAAAUUGGCUUGUUCAGAUUCAAGUGAUGUUGAAGAUACUGGUGUAACGUAUGCAGAUGCGAUUUCAUGUCGAACUUUAUUUGAUUUAAAAUCAGUUAUGAACGUAUCAUUUCAAGAUUAUGAUUUUUCAUCAACGAACAGCGAAGCUUUCUCUUUAAUUCCUGAUUUUAAAGUAUUAUCUGGCUUGAUUGACCUGAAACUUUCACCUAUUAUAUCAAAUUAUUAUGACAUUAAACAAACUCUUUGGCGAGAAAUUGAUGAAGUGAUUAACAUUAACAACUGCAAUUUAUACAGUUAUAAGACAGGUUACACGGGUGAUCCGUAUAACGAAGAUUUGGUGAUGUGGUCUUUUGCUUACUUCUUCCAUAAUCGACGUAUGAAACGUAUUCUCUUCUUAUCGUGUCGUGCGUUUCGUGCUGAUCCUGCUCAAAAUCGAUCAGCUGAAGAGCUAUUUGGUGGUAAUAUAAUAUAA